UUAAACCAGCUGACGCGUAUAGUGAAAUUUGAUACACAGCAAAUAGUAGUGAAGAAUCGAAAGCACAACGAGCACAAUGGCAUCAGUUAAGCAUACGACUGAAAAAGCUCUUCAAAUGCUUCGGUCAUUACCAAGAGUUUGUUUAGCUAAUAUUAAAGAUAAUCCAAAAGCUAAAAAGCCCAGCAAACGAGGAAGAGGACAACAUGGCGGUGACUGGCACGGAAAUGGUCAAAAAAGAUGGACAGUUCUUCGAUUAGGAUAUGAAUGCUCUAAUUCUCCAUUCUAUUUACGAUUCAAAUAUGAACCAUACUAUCAAGGACACCAUUUAAAGAGACAAUAUCCACCAGUCACCUUAAAAAUGCUGCAAUUAUUGAUUGAGACUAAUAGAAUUGACACUUCCCGUCCAAUUGAUGUUGCAAGUCUCUGUUCUACUGGAUUAAUCAACUUAUGUCCUGAUCAAAAGCAUUUCGGUUUUCAAUUGACUGACGAAGGUGCUGAUUGCUUUAAAUCUAAAGUGAAUAUUGAAGUUCAGCACGCCAGUGAAUUAGUUAUUGCAGCUAUUGAGAAGAAUGGUGGUGUGAUAAGAACAGCUUAUUAUGAUCAACAUUCUCUUCAUGCCUUAAAAGAUCCGAAAAAGUUUUUCGAGAAAGGAGUUCCGAUUCCUCGUCGAAUGAUUCCACCACAAGAUGCAAUUGAAUAUUACACAAAUCCUAAAAAUAGAGGAUAUCUUGCUGAUCCAGAAGCAGUUUCUAAGGAAAGAUUAGUCUUGGCUCAAAAGUAUGGAUAUGAAUUGCCGAAAAUUGAAAGUGAUCCAAGUUAUGAAAUGCUUAAUGAGACAAAAGAUCCACGUCAAAUAUUCUAUGGACUUGAUCCAGGUCUUGUAAUUAGUUUAAGAGACAAAUGCUUCAUUAAAGCUAAAGAAUGAAGAAAUUAUCUGUAGAGAAAACAUUAAUAAACAUUUAUAGUAAGUUGGAUUAUGUAAAAUAUUCUUUUAUUAAACUGUGCAUGAAUUGAAUCGUAUAAAAU